AUGUCGAGUCCGGCAAAGCCUUACCAGAUCGCUGUGUCCGAUGAGGAUCUUCACGAUCUCAAACAGCGUCUUCAGCUCGCUAAAUUUCCGUCUCAAUUCGAGUCGGCGGACCAAGAUUCCUGGGAUUUUGGUGCCCCGGCGAGCGAGGUGAAACGGCUUGCCAAAUUUUGGCACGACGGCUUUGACUGGCGAAAAGCUGAAGCGAAACUGAACCAGUUGCCGCAAUACCACACAGACAUCGAAGUUGACGGGUUUGGGGUUUUGGACAUUCACUUCGUCCACCAGAUCAGUCCCACAGAGGGCGCCAUUCCACUUCUUUUCAGCCAUGGAUGGCCGGGAUCAUUCUUUGAAGUCUCGAAAUUGUUGCCAGGACUUCAAGGUGGCGGUGAUCAUCCGUCAUUCAACGUCGUUGCCCUGUCACUUCCAAAUUUUGGAUUCUCGUCCGGUGUAACCCGCCGCGGGUUUGGUCUGAGACAAUACGCCGAAACAUGCCACAAGCUGAUGCUCAAGCUGGGCUACAAGCAAUAUGUUACUCAAGGCGGGGAUUGGGGCUAUGCGAUUACCCGAACGAUGGGACUUUUGUAUCCCGAGAGCUGUAAGGCUUCGCACGUCAACGUGGCCGUGUCGGAUCCCCCUCGGUGGUCCAGUAGCCCAUUCCUAGCCCUGCAGCAUGCUCUGACCCCGUAUACUCCACGAGAGCAGGCAGGACUUGGGCGAUCGCAAUGGUUCCGCCAAGAGGGAUAUGGAUACAACAUCCUUCAAAGCACCAAGCCUCAGACCAUUGGGACAGCACUUGCAGACAGUCCGGUCGCACUGCUCGCAUGGAUUUUAGAGAAACUGCACGACUGGACCGAUUCUUAUCCAUGGACAGAUGACGAGAUUUUGACUUGGGUCUCAAUUUACUGGUUUUCCAAAUCAGGCCCCGAAGCGAGUACGCGGAUUUACUACGAAGCAACGCACGUCGAGCCUGCCACGGGAAUCAAGUAUGAGCAGAUCAAAGCUUACAUUCCCCAGGUCAAGCUUGGUAUCAGUCACUUCCCGCGGGAAAUCUCAAUUGUACCGUCAACAUGGGCAGCGGGCUUGGGCCCUGUGGUACAACAGACGGAGCAUGAGAGGGGGGGUCAUUUUGCGGCGUGGGAAGUCCCGGACGCCAUUCUUCAAGAUCUGCGGGCAAUGUUCGGGAAAAAUGGUCCAUGUCAUGCAGUUCUCUCGAAGAGGUGA